AUGUCUACGCCGCCAAGAAUCGUCUUAGAGAUGCCCAGGUCGCCCAGCCUUGAGGAUGGCCCUUGGUCACCUACAUGGCCAGAGCCAACGUACUAUUAUGAUGGGAGGCCAAGAGCCCUGCUUGAUGAGGAACAAGCAGAACCACGCUCAAGUUUGGAGACAAUCGCAACACCAUACAAUCCUGGAGAGCCCAAGAAGGACCCUAAUCUUGUGACAUGGAACGGCCCAAACGACCCAGAGAACCCCAAGAACUGGCCGAUGGGCAAGAAGUGGGCCACCACGAUGCUGGUGUCAGCCUUCACCUUCAUCUCGCCCGUGUCGUCGUCCAUGGUGGCGCCUGCGCUGGAGAUAAUGGCGCGCGACCUCGGCAUUACCAGCACCGUCGAGUCGCAGAUGACGCUGUCCAUCUUCGUGCUCGCCUUCGCCAUCGGCCCGCUCUUCUUCGGCCCCCUGUCCGAGAGCUUCGGCAGGUGGCCCGUCCUGUUGCUCACCAACUUCUUCUAUCUGGUUUUCAACCUCGGCUGCGGCCUCUCAAAGACCGGAGCCCAGAUGCUGGUUUUCCGCUUCCUGAGCGGCAUUGGGGGCAGUGCGCCCUUGGCUGUUGGCGGUGGAGUUCUGAGUGAUUGCUGGGCUCCAGAGCAGCGCGGCAAAGCCGUCGGAAUAUACAGUCUCGCACCACUACUUGGCCCCGUCAUCGGGCCCCUGGCCGGCGGCUUCAUCGCAGAAAACACCACGUGGCGGUGGGUGUUCUAUGCAACGACCAUCACCGCCGUCGUAAUCCAGUUCGCAGGCUUCUACCACUUGCCUGAGUCCCACAACACCAUCAUUCUCCAGAAGCGCCGCGACCGGCUGGCCAAAGAGACGGGCAACCAGAAUCUGUACAUCGCCAAGGACAAGCAGGAAACGCUGCUCCGGGCCAUCACCAGCUCCAUGGCGCGGCCGACACGCCUGCUGGCCACGCAGCCCAUCGUACAGCUGAUCGCACUGUACAUGGGCUACCUGUUCGGGCUCUUCUACCUGAUCCUGUCGACCUUCCCCUCCCUCUAUCGCGAUGUCUACGGCCAAGGACUCGGCAUCGGCGGCCUGCACUACAUCUCGCUAGGCGUGGGCUUCACGCUCGGGGCGCAGGUGAACGCGCAGAUCACGGACCGGCUGUAUAAGAAGCUCACGGCUAAGCACUAUAAGAAGCCGCAGAACGAGAAGGAGAUGGAGUGCAACUGCAAAUGUCAGUGCCAUAGCGUGCAUGGCAAUAUGCCUCCAAACAAGCCCACCCCUACGCCCCCCGGCAUGCCAAACAAGGGCCUGCCCGAGUUCCGCAUCCCAUCCAUGUUCGUCGGGUCGCUUCUCAUCCCCAUCGGGCUCUUCUGGUACGGGUGGAGCGCGGAGGCGGCGCUGCACUGGAUCAUGCCGGACAUCGGCAUCACCAUCUUCGCCGCGGGGUCCAUCACCUGCCUGCAGUGCAUGCAGGCCUACAUCAUCGAUUCGUACACGCGCUUCGCCGCCAGUGGCAUGGCCGCCGUCAUCGUCCUCCGCAGUCUGGCCGGCUUCGGCUUCCCGCUGUUCGCGCCUUACAUGUACUCGGCCCUGGGCUACGGCUGGGGCAACAGCGUGCUGGGCUUCGUCAGCAUUGUCGUUGGCAUCCCGGCCCCGUACUUCUUCUGGUUCUAUGGUCACAAGCUGCGUGCCGUGUCGAAGUACGCUGUUGGUUGA